AUGUCCAACAAUUCAUCUUCGUACUUUGGUUCCGCCGGCGGCGGCGGCGGCGGCUACAACAGUUCCAGGAGGAACGACAGAAGCAUCGACUCGUUGUACUUUGCCGACUCCCCGCCGCCCAGCCGAUCCAGCUACAGCCAACCCGGUUACACCGGUGGCACCAACACCACCACCGGCGGGUACGGCGGCAACACCAACGCCAAAAAGGCACGAGAGUGUACCACCAGCAACUGGGGCGCCGAGAUCGACCGACGAUACCUGGCCAACACCUCCUCGAGGGACUUUGCCUACGACAAGUCGGACCCGAAGCACACGUCUUCCUACCUCUUGCCCGAGAAGAAGAGAUGA